CUCCCCCGAGCGGGCGGGGUGGUGCGGUCCGACUCUCGCCCCGCCCCCUCCCAGACUCCUGGGGCGAGGCGGCCCCAGCCCGGCUCCGCGCAGCGCCCCCUGCGCUCCGCACCCUCCCCGCGCGCACAAUGGCUCUGGCGCCCAGGCCGUCGCUGCUGCUUCCCCCGCCCUCCGCCGCUCUGCGGAGGGGCCGCUCCAGGCCCCGCGGCGGCGCCGAGUCCGUCGUGAGUUGCAGCCGUCUUCGUCAAAUCCAAAGUAUCCUGACACAGAGCAGCAAAUCUCAACCUGAUGGAAUCCUCUGCAUUUUAGGAAUCGAUAGCAGAUACAAUGAAGGCUGUAGGGAGCUGGCCAACUACCUUCUCUUUGGUUUGUAUAACCAGAAUAACAAUGACUUUGAGAAAACUGGGUUUCCUGAAGAAGUUCUUGAUGAUGUAAUCAUAUUAAUAAAACCUGAUAGUGUCCAUCUGUACUGUAACCCUGUGAACUACAGUUAUCUUUUGCCAUAUGUGGCAUACUGGAGAAACUUGCAUUUCCAUUGCCUGACUGAAAAUGAGUAUGAAGAUGAAGAAGCUGCAGAGGAGUUUAAAAUUUCCAGCUUUGUAGACAUGGUUCGAGAUUGUAGUCGAAUCGGCAUUCCUUACAGCUCCCAAGGUCAUCUACAGAUAUUUGAUAUGUUCAUUGUAGAAAAGUGGCCAGUAGUGCAGGCCUUUGCACUGGAGGGGAUCGGUGGCGAUGGCUUUUUUACCAUGAAAUAUGAGUUAAUGGAUGUCAGCAUGGAUCUAUGGAAAACAUACAGCAAAAUGGAUCCCGUUUCCCUGGAGGACUUGCUUUUUGAGGAUUUAAUGACUUUCGAGCACCAGUGGACCAGCUUUUUUGCUAAUUUCGACACUGAAAUUCCUUUCAUCCUGGAGCUGUCAGAAUCUCAAGCAGGGGAGCCAUUCAGAAGUUACUUCAGUCAUGGAAUGAUUUCAAGCCAUAUAACAGACAACAGCCCUAGCAGACAGCCUUUUGUGCUGUUUGGUAAUCACUCGAGUAAAGAGAACCUGAACUCUGGUAACUUUAAUUUUCCAUCCGAGGGACAUCUGGUUCGAAAUACAGGCCUUGGUGGAAGUACUGCUAAGCACAUGGUUGUACAGUGUGUAUCUCCCAAGGGACCUCUGGCUUGUUCAAGGACCUAUAUUUUUGGAACAACUCACAUUCCUUACCUGGGAAAUGACAAUGAGAUGCACGAGAAAACUAAACAAGUUAGGCUGUUGUCCCAAAUAUAUGCUGCUGUUGUGGAGGCUGUCCUUGCUGGUAUUGCAUGCUAUGCCAGAACUUCCAAUGCAACCAAGGCAAAAGAAACCGCAGAAGAAAUUCUUAUGUCUAUGCUUGAUUCCUUUCAUCUAACACAAUUUAAAACUGCAUUACGCUCCAAAAUAGCUUUUCAGAUUCAGGCUGUGAAUAAUCAUGGAAGAAUUAUUCCAUUGGAUAAUGAGGAUAGCCUCUACUUAGUUAAAACCGCGGCUAUGACAAUAUAUGACAUUCCAGAUUUACUAGGAGGAAGGGGAUGCUUGGGAUCUAUUGUCUUCUCAGAAUCAUUUCUGGCAUCACAAAUAUUUAUAAAGGAAAAAGAUGGCAGUAUUAAUACAGAAACCAGCUACAUCAUUCUUACUGCAGCUAUCCCAAGAUAUGUUUCUUGGCUGGUAGAAGAUAAUGAAGUGAAACUGUCUGAAAAGGCACAGCAAAUAGUGAAGGAAGAUGAAUCCUUCCUAGGUACUUUCCUCACAGGAGGUGAUGGAGCAUAUAUUUAUUCUAGCAGUUCACAGGCCAUGCCUGAGGAAGGUAAAUUAUACUUCUUUUCAGAUGGCAUUCUGUUUUCCCAUCCCCGUCACGGGAGCAUUACUGUUUCAAAGAAUCAUAUGGAUUCCAUUAAGUUCUAUGAUGGGGAUUCUACCAGUGUUGUGGCAGCUCUUUUUAUAGACUUCAAAAGUUCCUUGCUUGCUCAUCUACCAGUUCAGUUCCAUACCCCAAGCAACUUCUUGAUGAUUGGACUUUUCCCAAAAUCAAAGAUCUAUAAAGCUUUUUAUUCACAGGUUUUCUCCUCAUGGCAACAAACAAACUCAGGAAUAUCUUUAAAGGUGGUGCAGGCAGAUUUCCUAUCUGUAGAACAAAAGAGAUUACACUCCAAUAUGCAGAAGCUAUGUAAUGCCUUGUCCUAUCCUGCUGGAGAAAGGUGGAGCCAACUAAAAAUGGCCGCUAGCCUCCCAGAACUAGAGAGGUUUCUGCAACACUUUGCGGUCAGCAGUAUAAGUCGUGAGCCAGUAAUGAGAGCACACCUUCCUAUUUUGUUACAACAGUCGGAAAGCAUUCCUGUUAGCAAAGCAGAAAAUGAUAAGGUGGUUAUCACUAUUAUAACAGGGCUUCCGGGCUGUCACUCCAGUGAUCUGUGCGCUUUCCUGGUCACUUUUAACAAGGAGUAUGGAAGGUGGGUUGUUUAUCGGCAAACUAUGGAUAGCCCUGAAUGUUUCAGUGCUGCCCACUUUCAGCGUUACCUUUCAAGUGUUCUCGAGUCCCAGCAGAACCGCAGCGCACGUCAGUCCAGUUACAGUAGAAAGAAAAUGAGGCUGUUGGUGGUCUUGCAAGGAUAUACAGAUGUUAUUGAUGUUGUACAGGCACUGCAGACUCACCCUGACCCUGAUGUGAAGUCCUCUUUCAUCAUAGGAACAAUUUCUACUUGCGUAGAACCACUUAGCUGCUAUAUGGAACAUAGAUUCCUUUUCCCUAAAUUCCUGGAUCAGUGUUCACAAGGAUUGGUGAGCAAUGUGGUCUUCACAAGUCAUACUACAGAGCAGAGACACCCACUAAUUGUACAACUUCAGAGCCUCAUACGAGCAGCAAAUCCUGCUGUUUCGUUUAUCUUGGCAGAAAAUGGCCUCGUAACUAGGAAUGAGGAUAUUGAGCUAAUUCUCUCUGAAAGCAGUUUUUCAAAUCCUCCGAUGAUGAGAGCUCGCUAUUUGAUGUAUCCUGGCUGGUAUGAUGGUAAGUUUGGAGCUGGUUCUGUCUUCCCACCAAUGGUUCAGAUCUGUGUGUGGUUUAGCCGUCCUCUGGAAAAAACACGAUUUGUGACCAAAUGUAAAGCAAUUAAGUCAUCAGUUAAGUCAAGUCCUUUUUCUGGAAACAUAUACCACAUUUUGGGCAAAGUUAAGUUUUCAGAUUCUGAUAAGAUGAUAGAAGUCUGUCAUAAUACAGCAUCUAAUUCAUUAAGCCUUGUGCCUGUUCAGGAGGGGCCUACUCCUCCUGAUUCAAGAAAUGAUAACAGAGAUCGCAGCGGUCAGCAGGAGUGCUUCCUUGUGUUCAUUGGCUGCUCUCUGAAGGAAGAGGAAAUAAAAGACUGGCUCAGACAAACUGCAAAGCAGAAACCUCAGAGGAAAGCCCUGAAAACCAGAGGAAUGCUGACUCUGCAGGAGAUCAAAAACAUUCAUAUGAAGCGCCACCUGGAUCCACUUCCAGCUGGUUACUUUUACAAUGGAACUCAGUUUGUGAAUUUCUUUGGGGACAAGAUGGAUUACCAUCCACUAAUGGACCAGUUCAUGAAUGACUACUUGGAAGAAGCUAACAGAGAAAUUGAAAAGUACAACAGAGAGCUAGAAGAACAAGAAUAUCAUGACCUCUUUGAGCAGAAGACAUAAGCAUGCAUGUUUGUGGUAUUAAAUGCACAUAAACAUUGUGGAUUUCUAAACUGUCA